CUUACUCACUCUCUCACCUCCAAUCCAAAAUCACAUACACUCUCUCUCUCUCUCUCUAACUUCCUUUUGCCGGAGAAUCAGAGCUUUUUGUUUCUCAGAUUUAUAUAUCUAGCCCAAUUUGGUUUCAAUUCAGCAAUUUUAACUUCCUACAUAGUGAUCUUGCAUCUCAUUAUGUUUUCUUGAGCUGCAUUGGGCAGCCUUUGUGAUCUUGCUUGAUAUCAAAAAUGGCUUAUGAAAGCUUGGAUUUUUCAGCGAAAUUCACAAUGUGAUAGGUGAAUUGAGUGCAUGCGGUCUUGAUUGUGAUGAUGGUGGCCGCCGUUCACGGAGACCGACAAAGCCCCAAAACACACGAGGAACAUUCUAGAAGGCCCCCAUUGCUGCCGUCGGAGAAAGAUUACAGUAAUGGAGUUGCAAAUAAUCAGAGAAAGCCCAAAUCGAGAAUUGUUUCUUCUAGGUACAUGUCCCCUUCUUCUUCGACUUCUACAUCAAAUUCGUCCUCGUCUUCUUCCUCUUCGAGGAGGUGCCCUUCCCCUUUAAUUUCGAGAAAUUCGACGCCGGUUUCGAACGGGCCUUCUGCGAGCCCUAAGAGGUCUGUUUCCGUCGACCGCCGACGGCCGGCGGCGGCCAGACCUGUAGUAUCCGAUCUCGAAUCGAAGAAUGGAAAUGCUGCUCAGGUGUCAGCUACCGCGAAGCUUCUCGUGACUUCUACCCGGAGUUUGUCGGUUUCGUUUCAGGGAGAAGCCUUUUCUCUGCCUAUUAGUAAGACUAAGGCGGCGCCGCCGUCGCCUAAUGUGAGAAAAGGGACGCCGGAGAGGAGAAGGGGUGGAACCCCGUUGAAAGGGGGAGGAGAUCAGGUGGAGAAUUCUAAGCCCUCUGAUCACAACCGUUGGCCUGCCAGGAAUCGGGUGGUUAAUCCGUUGUCCCGGAGUUUGGAUUGUCGUGGCAACGGAGGUGAUCGGAGUAAGGUGGUGGGAUCUGCGAAUGGAAUCCGUACUCUGCAGCAGUUGAUGAAUGAUGAGAGGAGGCCUUCUCUUGAUGGAAGGUUGAGUCUCGAUUUGGGGGAUUCUGACCUAAUUAAGGCAGCUCCUGAUGGGAAUUCAGUUAACAAUGGACUCUCAUUUCCUUGUGAUCUCACUGCAUCUGAUUCAGACAGUGUGUCUUCAGAUAGUACUUCUGGAGUUCAAGAAUUUGGUGGGGCUGUGAAUGGCCGAAAUGGGCCUCGCGGGAUUGCUGUUUCGGCUAGAUUUUGGCAAGAAACGAAUAGCCGCUUGAGAAGGCUUCAGGAUCCAGGCUCACCUCUAUCAAUGAGUCCUACCUCUAAAGUGAUGAUGCCACCAAAUUUGAAAAGGAGUUCGAGUGAUGGUCAUGGUCUGUUGAUGUCUCCCCCUGCUCGUGGUGGUAUUAGACCUGCCUCACCUAGCAAGCUUAUGACGCCUCUUGGAUCAUCUCCAUCACGGGGCCAUAGUCCAUCUCGGAUAAGAAAUGCUGUUAGCACCAUUAAUAACAAUUUCAACGAGACACCUUCAGUCCUUAGUUUUGCUGUUGAUGUUCGGAGGGCUAAAGUUGGGGAGAGCCGGAUUUUUGAUGCGCACUUAGUGAGACUGUUGUACAACCGGAACCUGCAGUGGCGCUUUGUGAAUGCAAGAACUGAGGCAGUUAUGUUGGUGCAGAAACAGAGUGCAGAGAAAAAUCUGUGGAAUGCCUGGAUAGCAAUCUCCGAUCUGCGUGAUACUGUCACCAAAAAAAGCCAUAGAUUGCAGUUGCUGAGGCAAAAGUUGAGACUAGCUUCUAUUCUUAAAGGACAAAUGACCUUGUUAGAAAAUUGGGCUUCAUUGGAAAAUGACCACUCAGUUUCUCUGCUUGGAGCUAUUGAAGCCUUAAAGGCUAGCACUCUCCGUCUUCCAGUCGUUGGAGGAGCUACUGCUAACGUUCUAGGCUUGAAGGAUGCUAUAGGCUCGGCUGUUGAUGUUAUGCACGGAAUGGCAUCAUCAAUAUGUUCGCUUCUGCCAGUGGUGGAAGAAGUGAACCUUUUAGUGACCGAACUGGCACAAGUGAGUGCCAAAGAGCGAGCUCUACUCGAACAAUGCACCGAUUUCAUUUCCUUGUUAGCAGCCAUGCAGGAUCGAGCCACUAGUUUGAGAACGCAUGUAAUACAACAUAACUGUGUACGAUCAGCUUAACAAGAGAGUAGGACUGAUUGCAGCCACUCGACAAUAUAUGCUAACACCCAUACUGAACCUUCAGACCUCGUGGAGGCGGCAGCGAUUAUGUGAUAAGAAACGCAGCGAAUCUCAGCCAUUUUUUUUUUCAGUGCAUCCUGACCUCCAGGUAUCCAAUUUUAUAGGAAAGGGUCUUUUACCCUCUAAUUUGCCGUACACAUGCCUUUCAUUCCCGGUUAUUUUUUUCUGGUCUCGACGCUCUACCACAUUUUCGGGAAGGAAAGUAUGUACAUAUGUAAUAUUCUUGCUCUGUUUAUUGUUAAUCUUAGAUCUAUCUGAAUGUGGUAUUAUACAUGAAGGGAAUUGCAGCAUCUGAAUCUAUGAGCUGUUUGUUGAGCAUUA